GCUCGAUGGAAGGAGAGGCAGUUGCUUGAAAGUUAUUUUAACACAUUAGUUCAACCUCAAAGAGGAAACUGCAGCGUUUGCCUCACAUCAGAUCAAUGUGAGUUUAAAGUCAGAGCAAACGAGCGCUGACAGAGAAUGGCUCGACUGGAACUAAUCAUUGUUUUUGCUCUUCUGUUUGAAGUGGGCAACAGUCAAGAAGUGCUCUAUCGCUUCUACCACCCUGAUCAAGAUGUCACUCUGCCCUGUGGCAUUCAAAAUCAACCUCCACAGUGCUCCAGGAUGUCAUGGCUUUAUAGCAGAGAUCCAUCACAGACUUUAACUGAGGCAAGCAGAGGAAAGAUUAAGGAGAAGUCACUCCGAGCUGACAGGCUGAGUUUAGACUCAGACUGCUCUUUGGUCAUUAAACACAUCACUGCUGAGGAUGUUGGUUUCUACACGUGUCGACUGGAGCAGCAGUUAGAGUUUGAUGUCAAUGUGUAUCUAAGUCUUCUGACAGUCUCUCAGCUUCCAGCAGACUCUGAUCAAACGAGGAACAGUGAAGUCACAUUAGAGUGCUCUCUGUUGAGAUACAACGAUGGUCGCCUUUGUCAACCAAACGGCCUCCGCUGGUUGGACGAGACAGGAACUGAGGUUACUGAAGGUGUCCAAAAGUUUUCCAGAGGUACAGACUGCGUCUCUCAUCUGAAGGUGAAGAAUCAGAGUGGAGACAACAGGAAAUUCACCUGCCAGUUUGUUCAGAUGAAUAAAGUGGAGAUACAGGCUGACUACCCACCUGACCUCACAGAUCCUGAUCCUGGUUCUAAUCCUGAUCCUGGUUCUAAUCCUGAUCCUGGUUCUAAUCCUGGCUUGGACUUUGAUGCCAAACAAACCUUCAUCAUCGUCGGUGUGUUGGUCGGGGUGAUGUUUCUGCUGGUUGUCAUGGCUGCUGUUCUAAUCAAAUACAAGAAGAGAGCCAAAGUAACUGAAGAUGUUCAAACACCAAGCCAACAGCCUAAUGAGCCGGAGAGUGAUCUGACCUACGUUACUUUGAGCCACAGUGAACAACAGAAGUCUUUUAGGAAGAAGGAAGAGGAGGUGACCUAUUCUGCAGUCAAGUCUUCAGCGAGGAACGAGGCAGAUGAUGAUCACAGCAGUCUGUACAGUACUCUCGCAAACUAAAAUAAAUCACAGGAAACUCUUCCCACAUAGUGUAUUCUGUAUUUACAGUGUCAAACGGCGCUUUGGUAGGAAAUGAUAUGCAGCCUUUCAGCUGGUUACUAUUCGACCUUUCUCUGUUUAACCAUGCCAUCGAGUUAGCAUGCAGCAAAAUGGUGGUAUGUCAAACUGUGAAAAAAUGGACAACUUUACAGCUCUGUA